GAUCUUUUUGGAUCUCUGUUUAAUUGAUCCAUGUUUCCGAACUCUUCCUUGUAACUUUCGCGACCAACCAAAAUGAAGUUGAAGCAUAACAUCAACCCUGUUCUUCUACAGUUUAUAAACUUUAUUAUCUUGGUGUACUCCUUUGUAACAUACAUCCCGUGGUACAUAUUUUCAGGAUCAAGGCAGGCUAUAGCAAAGGCCAAGCAGGUUAAAGCUAAACCUGUGAAUAACAAGCCUGGGGGUGCGUACAGAUCUGUUAACAGUCUACAUUGUUUAGCUUCAGUUUUAUAUCCUGGGUGUGAUACGCUCGACAAAGUUUUUAAAUAUGCUAAAACUAAAUUUAAGGACAAAAAACUCUUGGGAACACGUGAAAUCCUAAAAGAGGAAGAUGAAAUCCAGCCAUCAGGAAAGGUUUUUAAAAAGGUCAUCCUUGGCAAAUACACCUGGCUUUCAUACGAAGAUGUAUAUAUUAAAGCUGUUAAUUUUGGAAACGGCUUAGCAGUAUUGGGUCAGCAACCAAAGACUAACAUUGCUAUCUUUUGUGAGACUAGAGCUGAGUGGAUGAUUGCAGCGCAGGCCUGCUUCAUGUGCAACUACCAGCUUGUUACUCUGUAUGCUACCCUGGGAGGCCCAGCAAUAGUACAUGGGCUAAAUGAAACGGAGGUGACCACCAUCAUCACUAGUAAAGAAUUGAUGCAAACAAAAUUGAAGGAAAUUGUUUCUCAAGUUCCACUGCUGCGACAUAUUAUUACAGUGGAUGGCAAACCAACGACAUGGUCAGAGUUUCCCAAGGGUGUCAUUGUUCACACUAUGGCUUCUGUGCAAGCUAUGGGGAGCAGCCCUGAGAAAAAGGACUUGGGAGUGCUGCAGGCCAGGCCCGUGCCCUCAGAUAUCGCGGUGAUCAUGUACACAAGUGGGUCCACAGGGAUUCCCAAAGGAGUUAUGAUCUCCCAUUGCAACAUAAUUGCUGGGAUAACUGGAAUGGCUGAGAGGAUUCCAAAUCUGGGGGAAAAAGACACCUAUAUUGGCUAUUUGCCUCUUGCCCAUGUUCUGGAGCUGAGUGCUGAACUUGUGUGUCUAUCUCAUGGAUGCCGCAUCGGUUACUCUUCACCUCAGACAUUAGCUGACCAGUCCUCUAAAAUAAAGAAAGGAAGCAAAGGUGAUGUUACUACACUUAAGCCAACCCUAAUGGCAGCUGUCCCGGAAAUUAUGGAUCGGAUCUACAAAAAUGUCAUGAAUAAAGUGAAUGAAAUGACUAGUUUCCAGCGGAAUCUAUUUAUAUUGGCCUACAACUACAAAAUGGAACAGAUUUCCAAAGGUUACACUACCCCGCUCUGCGAUAGCCUUAUUUUCCGGAAAGUACGAAUGCUGCUAGGUGGAAAAAUUCGCAUCCUGCUUUGUGGAGGAGCCCCACUCUCUGCAGCAACUCAGCGGUUUAUGAACAUCUGUUUCUGUUGCCCUGUGGGACAGGGGUAUGGACUGACUGAAUCAGCUGGAGCUGGAACAAUCACGGAAGUUUGGGACUACACUACAGGGAGAGUGGGAGCACCUUUGGUCUGCUGUGAAAUCAAGUUACUGAACUGGGAAGAAGGUGGAUAUUACAACACUGAUAAACCGUAUCCUAGAGGUGAGAUUCUUAUUGGAGGGCAAAACGUGACUGCGGGCUACUACAAAAAUGAAGUACGAACCAAAAAAGAUUUCACUGUUGAUGAGAAUGGGCAGAGGUGGCUCCAUACUGGAGACAUUGGAGAGUUUCAUCAAGAUGGAUGUCUAAAAAUUAUUGAUCGUAAAAAAGAUCUUGUAAAACUCCAGGCAGGAGAAUAUGUUUCUCUCGGCAAAGUAGAAGCAGCUCUAAAGAAUCUUCCACUGGUAGAUAAUAUUUGUGUGUAUGCAAGCAGUUUCCAUUCUUAUGUCAUUGGAUUUGUUGUGCCAAAUCAAAAGGAGCUUGCAGAGCUAGCUCGAAAGAAAGGAUUUAAAGGAACAUGGGAAGAGAUCUGUAACAGUCCCGAGAUGGAAAAAGAGGUACUGAAGGUGCUAGCCGAGGCUGCCAUGGCAGCUAAUCUGGAGAAGUUUGAAAUACCAGUAAAAAUUCGUUUGAGCCCUGAUCCUUGGACCCCUGAGACUGGUCUAGUGACAGAUGCGUUCAAACUAAAACGCAAAGAGCUCACGGCAUACUAUCAAAUGGACAUUGAUCGAAUGUAUGGAAAAAAUGUAAAAUAAUUCUUUUUCUGCACCACUUUGCUACAGUGAGCUUGGAUCAAAUAGGAAAUACUUGAAUUGCCUGUCUCAGCACUUGAGAUCAACACACAAACUCACCAUUCCUCAUCUGCAGCUUAAACUGUUAUUUCUGAUAACAUCACCAUGAUGACUGGCAAGUUUAGUAAAAUGUUACGGCAGCAAACUCGUGUCUGUCUCCUUUUUUCCAUUUUUUUCUGCUACCUUGUCAGUCUGUGGAUUUUCCUGAGUCUUUUUGGGAAACCAUGAUUCUGAAGCCUCAAGUUUUUAAACAUUUAUAAAUCCUGUAUAAUGUUUUAUUUGUAUCUUUAAAAUUUGGAUGU